GUUGAGUGUGAUUUGAUGAGUUGGUGUCAGGAUGAGCGGGAAAAACGACAAGUUUCUGUUUGAUUCAUCUCUUCUCUAUAAUCUAGACUUUUCACAGUGCGUCUGUGCAUUCAACCCUGCUGUAACUCCCGAACGUCCCGGUGACGGUUUGGUUAUGCGUCCUCUUCAAAUCCACGACUACGACAAGGGGUAUCUCGAUUUGCUCUCACAGUUGACAGUCGUAGGAGAAAUUACACGCUCAAGAUUUCAAGAUCAAUUUGGAGCCAUGAAAAAAGCCGCUAAUCAUUUCGUGGUUGUUAUCGAGGAUGUAACAGUGGGCAAGAUUAUUUCAAGUGCAACGCUGCUCAUCGAACACAAAUUCAUCCACAGAGCAUCCCAGCGAGGUAGAGUUGAGGAUGUGGUAGUCCAUGAAGGGCAUCGUGGCAAGCAACUUGCUAAACUUAUGCUCGAGUCUCUCAGGUUGCUGAGCAUCGAACUGGGCUGCUACAAAUUGACACUAGAAUGUGACGAGAAAAUGAGACCCUUUUAUGAGAAAUUUGGAUUCAAACUCGGUUCAACGUUAUUUCUCCAACUAAGGUUUUUUGAGUAGCUGAAUAAUAUAUUUUCGAGUACAUGUAAAUAUAUAAACAUACGGGAAGUUGUACUUUCGCUUACGUACAGUACAGUAGGUGUGUUCAG